AUGCUUAGUCAACUUCGACGAGGACAUCAUCACGAAUUUGAUGGUGAUCCAAUGUCUGCGCGUCCAAUAAAUGCUUAUGGAGAACGUUGGAGAUCUCCAGAUCGCGCCAAUUCAUCUCUUCUCAAAAGUAAUAUAUUACCUGAUUUUCAUACACCACGUACAAAUUCGUCCACAUGGAAUCCUGAUUUAUCACGAGCUUUUCGUGUUGAUGCUCAAUUGCUAGCUAUCGUGCGAAUUGAAGACAAACGAAAUAGCUUCUAUUCGGCUGAAGUAGUUAGUAAACUACGUCAAAAAGAACAAACACAAAAAUUUAUCAAUAAACCAUGUUCACUAUUUGUUAAUGACCGUUCGUUUAUCAUAUUUGAUCGAGGAGCGCAAGUGAUUGCUGAAACAAUUCCACUUGAAAAUGUCGAUCCAACGUGUGUGUAUUCUGAUGCACAAGAUACACUCAAUGAUAUAUUUAUGUAUCGUGUAUUGGAUCGACAUAUAGCAACAGCAAGUCAGGCUAGUAAUUCCAAUAGCAAUGAACUGACACAUGCUAUUGUAUUUAAAUGUUCAAAUAAAGAAUCGAAACUUCUUGUUGAUAAUAUUCGUAAUGCAACUGGAAGACCCUUGAAGAGUUAUAGAAGUACUCGAUCAGAAACGCGAAGUACAAUUGAUCAUCAUUUCAAUGGUUCUGAAGGAGGACCAUUAAUUAAUCCACAACCAUUGCCACAUGAACCAUUGCCAAUAAAUACGUCAACGUAUGUUGUUGGUCCUCAACAUUCAUCGCGCACAGCAACUCAGCAACAUGCAGCUAAUUUGUAUAAGCGUUCAACAGAAGAAUUAAAUAAAUGUUUUGAUGAUAUUGAAUUAUUUGUGCGUCAUAUUGAAGCAAUCGUAGAAUAUACCAAAGAAUUAGAACGUAAUCAUCGACGAAAGGAUAAAAAAUCAAGUGGUCUAAAACAAAUGGUUGAGAAACUGCCUGAAGAUAGAAUUUUUAUUGAUAUACUUCAAAAAUUUAAACAUUCAUUAAAUCUCUUAGCUGAAUUAAAACAUAUAAUACAUAAUCCAAAUGCACAUGAAUUAGUUCAUUAUUUAUUAUCACCAUUGCAAUUGAUUUUAGUUACAUUACGUACCAAACAUCCAAAUCAAUUACAAUUGGCACAAGAUAUAUGGUCACCCGUAUUAACAAGAGAAGCGAAAGAAUUGUUAUCGAAUUGUUUAACACCAAAAGAAUACGAGAUUUUAUGGAAUCUUGGUCCUGCAUGGAUUCGAACAGCAGAAGGAAUACCACAAAAAAAUGCCGAUUAUCGACCGACAUUUUUUGAUGGUCAUCCACCAUGGGUUCAAGAACCAGUGAUCGAUUAUACACUUCAAUCAGCGCGUAAUGCAGAUGAACGUCAGACUUCAGUUUGGCCUUCUUCUCGAAUCCCACAGCAAAAUAAUAAUAAUAAUAAUAAUAAUAGUUCAAUAAUAUCUCAAAAUAUAGCAUUUCCUCGACAACCUUCACCAGGUCCACAAUUUGAUACGUCAACUGCUGAUCGUAAAAAUAAAAAUCCUGUAUUAGUAGAAAAUUAUAAUGCACAAAUGCAAAAUGAACAUGCUUGGGCUAUUGAUAGAAAACGUGUCGGAGCCAAGAUUUGUGCAGUCAAAUCUGAUCGGCAAGGACAAAAUCAUAAAGAAUUAACUGUAAGACGAGGAGAAUUGGUUGAAAUUGAAAAUAGUUCGAAGAAUUGGUGGCGUGCAAGAAAUUUUCGUGGUGAUAUUGGUCAUGUACCACAUAAUCUUCUUGAAGAAAUCGAUAUAGAACAGUUAACACCUAAAAGCGCAGCGGCGAAUACGUCAGCCGCUCUUCCACGUUCAUCGAGUGUACCUAAUCGAGGAUUUACUGAUGUCAAUGGACAUCAUCCACAUAAUACAAAUGGUUAUACGCAGCAACUUCGUCGUUCACCAUCGUUUGGAAGCAAUUUUAUUAUGCAAUCAAAUAACAGUACAUAUACAAAUCCGAUAAUAGCGAGAGAUCAACUAAUUCAACAAACAUAUCCAUCACCAGUUCCUCCUCUACUACUUUCUCCUCAUCCCCUAUCGGUUCCACUACCGCCGCCGCCGCCGCCGCCACCACCCCCAAUGCCACUAGAGCUAUUAACGAGUGGAUCAUCGCCAUGGUCAACCUUACAAUUACCGAAUAGUAGUAGGAAAGCACGAUCCCGUUCAAAUACUAAUUUGUCAAAUAUUCAAGCAGAUGAAUUACAACAAGAAUUAGCCCAACGUUUAACAGAUCGCAUUGGUCUCAUAAGUUCGAAUUCGUCGAAGGAAGACAUUGAACGAUGGUUGGCAUCAAAAAGUAUUUCACCUGAACUUGCUCAAAGUCUACAUGGUAUGAAUGGAAAAGAAUUGUUUCAAUUAACUAAAAGUGGACUUGAUCGAUUUACCAAUGAGCAAGAAUCAGCUCGAAUCUAUGCAUUACUUGCACAACAAAAACAAUUAUCUGGUUAUCAACAUAAAGAUAUACGCCCAAGAUCGGCUAGAUUAAAUCAUACCACAUUUGGUUCUCUUAAAUCAAGUACAAUCAAUGAUGCAGAUGAUAAUUUCUCUUUACGACCUGACGAUACGUUAAGUCGUUCGUUAAAAAUCAAAUUAAAACAGCGACGCGAUAAAAUCGAGAAAGCAGAAACGGCGGAUAGUACUGUUUUGUAA